AUGAAUAUUUAAUAAUUGAUUGAAUUGUUUACUCAGAGAUACAAUGGACUUCAGCCUUAAUUUUUAGUAAAGGCUCCUGGAAGAGUUAAUGUAAUCUUAUCAUUAAAGUUAGUUAAUAGGAGAGCAUAUUGAUUAUAUGGGAUAUGGAGUAUUACCAUUUGCAUUAGAACAAUCUUGUUUUAUGCUAUUUGCUACAGAUGGAAAUGAUAUACAGAUUUAGCAUGCUGAUGAUUAAUAGUUUAAGUAAACAAGUCUUUCAGUGAAUCCCAAAGAAGAAUACAAAGAAAUUCAAAAUUAUGUUAAAUAUGUAUUAGCUGGAUACAAAGCAGGAAUAUAAUAUGGUAAUGCAAAUUAAGGAAUAAAAAUAUUGAUAAGUGGUAAUUUGCCAUUUUCUUCAGGAUUAUCAUCUUCAUCAUCUUUAGUAGUGGCAUCUUCAUUAAUGAGUUUAUAAGUUAGUGGAAAAACUUAAUAAGAUAUUGAUAGACAUUAGUUUGUUAAUUAGAUAAUCAAAUUUGAAAGAGAAGCUGGCACAGCAUGUGGAGGAAUGGAUUAAACUAUAUCUGUUUUUGGUUAAGAAGGAUCUGCAUUAUAUAUUGAAUUUGAUCCAUUAAAAUUAACUUAAGUUAAUUUACCAAAAGGAUAUUCAUUUAUUAUUGCAAAUUCAUUGACUGAAUCAACUAAACUUGAAACACUUGGAAAACAUUAUAAUAAAAGGGUGGUGGAAUGUAGAAUUGGAAUUAAAUUAAUAGAAUUAGCAUUAAAUCUUGGAACUAAUUAUAGAACUUUAAAAUAAUUAUAAGAUCAUUUGUAAUUAUCACUUGAAUCUAUGGAAGAACUUUGCAGAUUUAUUCCAAAAGGAGAUCUAGAUUUUGAAUAAUUACAAUAUUUAAAUCUACCAGUUCUCUUAAGUGAUAUUCCAUACUUUGAAUUAGUUUUAAAUUAAAAUUAAAAUGUAAAUCCAUACAAUAGAUUAAUUCAUGUUGUUAAAGAAGCUUAAAGAGUCAUUAAAUUUAAAAAUAUUUGUGAUUCUAAAAUGUCAGAUGAUAUUAAAGCAAUUUUAUUAGGUUAGUUGAUGAAUCAAAGUUAAAAAUCUUGUAAAGAAUUAUAUGAAUGCUCAUCAGAUAACAUAGAUAAACUAACAACUCUAUGUAUUAAAAAUGGAGCUUUGGGCAGUAGAUUAACUGGAGCAGGAUGGGGAGGAUGCACAGUUAGUUUGGUCAAAGAAUAAGAAGCUAAAAAUUUCAAAAAUAAAGUAAAUUAAAUUAUAUAUAGUAGAUCAUAGAGUUCUUUUAUAAUCACAUUGAAAACUAAGAUCAUAUUUUUUCAACAUAACCCUCUCAAGGCGCUUCCAUCAUAAAACUAUGAUUUUAUUUAUUCAAAAG